AUGGCAAGAUGGAUCUCCACAGCCUCAGCUCCAUCGCUCCUCCAACCUCCUUUUGAAGAAGCUCUGCUCCUCCUCCAUGGCCCUGAUAGUGACUGCCUAUCCUUCGUCGCGUUUCAGACCUUCUCUAGAUCCUCCGAAGUUCGAGUCUCUUUGCUUGAGCCUCUCUCUCCGUUAUCUCCAGCGGAACCUCCAGACCCUCCAGGCGCCACUUAUCUCCUUGUUCAUGUUCGAAUCCUCAAGAUCUCCACCAAAACCUCUCCCCAAAAUUUUACCCAAACCCUCGUUCUGAUCAUUGCUUGUUCGACGAUGGUGACAAAGUUCAGUGGUGGUGGUGCUCCUCUUGUGUCCUUUGAUCUCAUUGUUGAGGCGUGGGCGGGUCUUCUCUCAGAUCCCAUAUAUCUCGACCUUUCUGUUUCGUCUCCUCCUCGUAUGGCCCGGCAGAUUUUAUUCCCAAUAGUUUCUCCUGUAUGGAAUGAAUUGGCUCAAGCCUUGUUGGUACUGCAAGGAUCUUCCUCCCAACGAAUCCCCCUCUAUGCUUUUGGUGUAGUGAUUUUGAUCCUGUAG